AUGACUCUGUGGGAUGGUGUGCUGCCCUUCUACCCUCAGCCCCGGCAUGCCGCCGGCCUCAGUGUCCCUCUACUCAUCGUCAUUCUCGUGUUCUUGGUCUUGGCCGCCAGCUUCCUGCUCAUCUUACCCGGGAUUCGUGGCCACUCGCGAUGGUUCUGGUUGGUGAGAGUUCUUCUCAGCCUGUUCAUAGGAGCAGAAAUUGUGGCGGCGCACUUCAGCGCAGAAUGGUCAGUCGGCAGCGUUAGCACCAAAACAUCCUACAAGGCCUUCAGCGUGGAACGCGUCCGAGCCCACGUCGGUCUGCAUGUGGGCCUGGAGGGUGUUAAUAUCACACUCACAGGGACCCCAGUGCAGCAGCUGAACGAGACCAUCGACUACAACGAGCAGUUCGUCUGGCGGGUGGGCCAAAACUAUGCCGGGGCGUACGCGGAGGCCCUGGAGAAGGGGCUGCCGGACCCGGUUCUCUAUCUGGCGGAGAAGUUCACUCCGAGCAGCCCCUGCGGGGUUUACCGCCAAUACCGCCUGGCGGGCCACUACGCCUCGGCCACUCUAUGGGUGGCCUUCUGCUUCUGGCUCCUUUCCAACAUGCUGCUCUCCAUGCCGGUUCCGCACUACGGAGGCCUGGCUCUCCUCAUCACCGGCGCCUUCGCGCUCUUCUCGGUGUUCGCCUUCGCCUCUAUCUCCAGCGUGCCUCUCUGCCAGCUCCGCCUCGGCUCCUCCGAGCUCACCACUCACUAUGGCGCAGCCUUUUGGAUCACGCUGGCCACUGGCGUCCUGUGCCUCCUGCUCGGAGCGGCGGUGUUGAGUCUGCACUACGCUCGGCCCAGCGCUCUUCGCCUCUUUUUGGAAGGAAGUGUCAAGGACCUCGAAAGUCCAGCGAAGGGGAGCUCGCCUCUCAUCCUCAGCAACCCACUGCAUAAGCAGUUCAGGGCCUCGGACUUAACCAUCAGUACUAACUUGUGA